AUGAAGGCUUUAGCCCGCAGUUACGUCUGGUGGCCCGGUUUGGAUGCGGAUAUCGAAAAGGCGCAAUCACCUUCCUUCGGCAGCUGUUCGCUACUCAUGGUAAUCCAGAUGAAAUCGUGUCGGACAACGGAAUUGCGUUCACCUCCGAGGAGUUUAAGUUGUUUACGAAAAACAAUCGGAUCCGUCACAUCCGAUCCCUUCCACCCUGCAACCAACGGCCAGGCCGAACGAAUGGUUCAAACCACGAAGAUUUACUUGAAGAAACUAGAUCGUCACACGGACAUCAACAUAGCUUUAGCUCGUUUCUUGUUUGAUCAACAUACUACGCCGCAUUCCGUCACAAAGCAUUCGCCAGCAGAGUUGCUUUUCAAUAGGGAGCUCCAGACAUUCUUUGAUAAAUUAAGUCCAGGCGAAAUAUCAUACGGUAAGGUCUGCGAGGCCCAAACUCAAAAGUCUUUUGUUACAGGCACUCCCGUUUGGGUCCGAAACUAUGCAAGCGGCCCCAAGUGGAUUGAGGGCCACGUCUCAAAGCGAACGGGACCGAUUUCCUAUUUGGUGUGUCUGGAGGACGACAGAACAGUCAGGCGGCAUCUGGAUCAGCUGCGUUUGCGCAGUCCGUCGCAGCAGCCAACAUCAGAAGAGAUAUCAUCUCCAACUGGUCGUGUCCCUCUAACCCCAACUGAAGCGGAAGCUGGCGAACCGACAACUCCAGUGGGACCAGAGCGCUCGCCCGAGCUAAUCGAAACUGGCGAACCGCCGCGCAGGUCAGCCCGUGACCGUCGCCGCCCGCAGUUCUACGAUCCAUCUGGGUGUUAA